AUGCCUCCGAGACGUAGCUCCCGUGGCAAGGGCAAAGAAAAGGUUAGCGAUGACGAGCCCAUCGAUGACCCGCCCUAUGUUGCGUGGAUGAAAGAGCAGCAAAAGCAGGGGAAAUCGUCCCCGUCCAUCAAGCGUAUGUCUAAGAUCGUGCGUGAAUCUGCGGACACGAGCGCCAGCCGCGGGACCAGGCAUGAUGACGCAGACACCGGUGCGGAGACGGACGUUUCGGACGACGAUCUCGAAGAGAUCGUGUCCGAAUCUGAUAGCGACAGUGGUUCCGAAAAUUACAAGGUCGGCUCCGACGACGAUGAGGAAGACACGGACGGCGGUGAAGAAGGAAGUGGUGACAACCGCACCAACCGCCGUAAGAAGACAGUCGAUCCGCCACCUGCCAAGCCCGGGAACAAGCGGCAGUGGUCGGAUGCCGAGCUAACGUCCCUCGCUGCGGCCCGAUGGAACACAAAAGAUGAUCUUAAGGCUAUGCAAGGGAAGCAGGGUAGCCAGUACUGGCAAAAGCUCCGCGCACACAUGGUGGAGAAGGACAAAAACUGGGAUCGGGAUGAGGGCCAGAUGUCUAACGUCUGGAAGCGCCUGGAGAAGAAAUACAUGAAGACGAAACGGGGGGAGGGGAAGAGCGAGGGGAAGGCGAUUAAAAAAAAGUCGUGGUACGAGUAUGUGUACCACCUGAGGAAGCAUUCCGCCAAGGCCAAACCCCACGCCCUCGACGGUGGUGGCGCGGCCAAUAUCGACGUCCCAGCUUACGCAACUGUUCCUGGCAGUAACGACCGGGAGAACUCGGGGCCGGCAUCGCAGGGCCGUGUGCGCGGGGUGCGCCAUCAGCCUGCCACACCAGGUGUGUUAUGCGCCCAUGUAUGUAUGGCCGGUUUCAUCUGUGGUUGUUCGUGUCUCACACGCCAUGCCUAA